AUGUCGCAUCCAGGAAACGAACAGCAGUUUGCCUCAGAAGAUGAAGAAGAUUUUAAUCCUGCGCCGGCUGGAGAUUCUGAGCCAGAAGCUGAAGAUGACCAGCAAGAUAAUCGCAGCGGCGGAAAACACAUAGAUAACGACGAUGGACAAGAGGUCGGUAAAAAUAAAAAAGAAGAUGAUGAAGAAAAUGGAGAUGAAGUGAAAAAGAUGAAUGAUGGCGAAAAUGGUGACUUGAAUACUAAUGAAUCGCAACAGGCCAGAGGUGAAGAUGAAGCCGGUGCCGAAGACGAUGAUGAAGGGGAGCCCGAAGGAGAUAACGAGGAUGACGAUGAAGAGGAGGAAGAGGAGGAAGAGGACGAGGAAGCAGUUACUGGUCGCCCUCGAAAGCGCAGAAGACAUGGACUCGGCGCUUUCUUCGAAGAAGAAGCAGAGGUAGAUGACGAAGAUGAAGCAGAAGAUGAAGAAGACGAAAUCGAAGCUGGCUUCGUCCACCAUGACGAUGAGGUUGUCCUACCCGCUGGCGCAGAAACGGACGAUAGGCGCCAUCGUGAGCUCGAUCGAAAGCGUGAUAUGGAUGCAACGAUGGAUGCGGAGCAGCAGGCGCAAGCCCUGAAAGAAAGAUAUGGCCGAAACCGUGCCUCCGGAGCUGACCUUGUCGUUGUCCCCAAAAGGCUUCUCCUACCUAGCGUUGAUGACCCAAGCAUAUGGGGUGUCAAGUGUCGACCAGGCAAAGAGAGGGAGAUCGUGUUCAGCAUUAUCAAGCGCAUGGAAGAGCGGCCCCUUGGUUCACGAAACCCUAUCAAGAUCAUAUCUGCUUUUGAGCGUGGUGGAACUAUGGCUGGUUACAUCUACGUGGAAGCCCGGAAACAAGCUGAUAUCAUUGAUGCCUUGGACGGAAUGUCUAAUAUCUACGUCAGGUCUAAGAUGACUUUGAUCUCAGUCAAGGAAAUGCCUGAUCUACUCCGAGUGAAAAAGUCAGAGGAGCUUACCCCGGGAGGCUGGGUUCGAAUCAAGCGUGGACGAUACCAAGGGGACUUGGCCCAGCUUGAAGAAGUCGAGACAAAUGGACUUAAUGUUACCGUUAGACUUGUUCCUCGUUUGGAGUACGGACUCAACGAAGACAGCAAUGCGCCUGCUCUGGACCCCAAGCGCAAGAGGAUUGGAGGAGGGAGCAGUGCGAUUGCCAGGCCUCCUCAACGCCUGUUCAGUGAGGCAGAAGCAAAGAAGAGACACUCCAAGUACCUCUCUGCUACAUCUAGCUUAGGAGGCAAGUCUUGGUCUUAUCUUGGUGAUACUUAUGUUGAUGGCUUCCUUAUCAAGAACAUGAAAGUUCAACAUCUCAUCACCAAAAACGUUAACCCUCAACUUGAUGAGGUGACAAAGUUCGCUCGUGGUGCGGAUGAUGGAACUUCGAAUCUCGAUCUUGCAUCUUUGGCUGCCACAAUCAAGAAUACAACCGAAGAGGAUGCUUAUCUGGUUGGAGACACCGUCGAAGUCUUUGCAGGCGAACAGCGCGGCGUCGUUGGCCAGACAGUAGCAACCCGUGGCGACAUUGUUACCAUCAAAGUCACGCAAGGUGAACUGCAAGGCCAGCACAUUGAUGUGCCGACCAAGGGUCUCCGAAAGAGAUUCAGCGAAGGUGAUCAUGUCAAAGUGAUCGGAGGGAGCAAAUAUCGCGACGAAUUGGGUAUGGUUGUUCGGAUCAAGGACGACCGAGUUACCAUCCUUACAGACAUGACGAUGCAAGAGAUCACGGUGUUUAGCAAGGAUUUGAGAGAAGCUGAUGACAUUGGGGUUGAUGGAAAAUUGGGCCAGUAUGAUGUCCAUGAUUUGGUACAAAUCGAUCAAACAACGGUUGGGUGUGUGGUGAAACUUGACAGAGAGUCGAUGCGAGUCAUAGACCAGAAUGGCUCAACCCAGAUUGUGCUUCCAUCACGGGUUUUGGGCAAGAUCGAACACCGACGACAUGCUGUUACCACUGACCGAAAUGGCUCUGAAAUCAAGUGUGGAGAUACCGUGAAAGAGGUGACUGGCGAGCAACGGACCGGCACCAUCUUACAUAUCCACAGAGCGUUCCUCUUCUGCACUAGCAAGGUUGUGGGAGAUAAUGCUGGUAUAAUGGUCACUAGAGCUAUAAACGUUACUACCGUGGCAACCAGCGGUUCUAAAUUGGGUAGGUCUGCCCCAGACCUGUCAAAGAUGAACCCGGCUUUGCAGAAGAACGGUAUGAACGGUUCUGGAAUGCCACCACCGCGAACAUUCGGCAGGGACCGACUUGUUGGAAAGACGGUUCAUAUUCGAAGGGGCCCGUUCAAGGGUCUGCUGGGUAUAGUCAAGGAUACAACGGAUAUCAUUGCUCGAGUCGAGUUACACUCCGUUUCAAAAGUCGUACCCGUUGAAAAGGAGAACCUUUCUGUCAAGGACCCGAUUACUGGGCAACCUGUAGAUAUCAACCGGUUUGGGGGCAGAGGUGGUGGCGCUCCGAGAGUACCACAAUCCAUGGCGACAGGAAGAGCUGGUCCCCAAGAUGCUGCAUGGCAAGGGGGAAGAACACCGAUUGCCAUGGGCGAUUCGUCUCGUACACCAGCCUGGCGAGCGUCAUCUUCUCGAACCCCUGCUUGGAAUGCCGCUGUAGGAUCUCGCACUCCCGCUUGGAAGGCGGAAGGUUCUCGUACCGCCAACCCUUAUGAUGGUAACAGAACCUCUUACGGUGGGUUUGGUGGACGUACUCCAGCCUGGACUUCUGGAACAAAGACCCCUCACGAUGCUGGGUCCGGGUUCUCAGGAGGCUCUUCUAACUCAGGCUUUGACGCCUUCAUGGCCGGCUCUCGAACGCCGGGUCAUCCGGGUGCAAUGGCAGCAAACAGUGGCUCCCGUACACCUGCCUGGGGCCACUCUGGAAGCUCCAGCUCACAUCUCAGCGCCAAUGCUGGCAGAGCGUUCGAUGCUCCUACUCCUGGCGGUGACUAUGCAGCUCCAUCUCCUGCACCAUUCGCCAGUGCUCCAACUCCUGGAGCAACAGCUGCUACUCCUCGUGCAUGGCCGGAUAAUGCACCUACACCUGGUGCCUCAACGUUUGCUGGAAAACGUAUGGAUGGUGAUGCUUAUGAUGCGCCUACACCCGCUGGUGAUCAUCGACCAUAUGACGCACCAACUCCUGCAAUAGGGAUGGGCUUCCCUGCUACACCUGGCGCCAUGGACGAUGCACCUCGAUAUGCAGAGGGCACUCCAAGUCCAUGA